AUGCCCCUCUGCGAAGACUGUGACACGUGGGACCUGGAGAUGAAGGGUAUAUUUGGUGUCAACUUGGGCACAUAUAGUGACCUACUCGUGAAAGCGGAAAAAGGGUGCGACUCGUGCAAAUUCUUCUGUGCGAUUCUUCAAAACUCAGACCGCUACAAACAUCAACUUGAUAAAUUAUCCGAGAAAGUUGUAGCUUUCUGCAACAUGCGUCUAGAUGCAAGAGAGCCGGGAGAAAUUGGUAUGACGAUGUCUUGGGACGACCUGUGUUUAGACAUGUGCGUUGCCAGUGAUUAUGAUGGCCCACCUGUUGACGGGCUUGAUCGCCUUCGGCAUAUUCCAAUCAAUUCCCAGGACGAAAGGUGUUUGAGUCAGAUUUCGUCCUGGAUAUCUGAAUGCGCAGAGCAUAAGGAGUGCCGUCAAUCAAAUUCCGUCUCUUUGCCUGAGAGGGUCAUUGAGAUUUCCCCCGAUCAAACGGUGGCUCCACGUAUCAUAUCUUCUGACGGACAAAACGGAUCCUAUGUCAUAUUGAGCCAUCAUUAUUCCGGGGAAUCUAAGAUUCCGAAUGCUUCAGAGCUAUUAGAAAACGGCCUGCCCGUCACGCUGGACGUAAUCGGCUUUCCUAAGGCUAUAGCUGAUGCCAUUGAUAUCACCCGGAAAUUGGGCUAUCGGUAUCUCUGGGUUAGAGAGAUUUGCAUGACAGCAAGCACAUUCUCUGAGAACUCCUUGCGCUUUGUGAGCGUCUAUGCCCAAGCAGCAUUGAUGCUUACAGCAUCUGCUGGGCCAGAAGCGAGCCACGGAAUAUUCCACGAUAGGAAAGUUCUCUGUUCGCCAGGUCUUGGAACUGGAAAAGACAGAUAUUUCCGCCCACGAGCCCUACGUUGGAUGUCAAAUAUCGAAGAAUCACCACUUGCUGGGCGCGGUUGGAAUACAGUGGAGAGAAUGCUCGCUCCGCGCAUCGUUCAUUUCACAAAAUGGCAGAUGGUCUGGGAAUGUGCAUCUGGCUGUCAAUUUGAAGCUGCAAAAAUUACGGAUGAUCAAGGUUCUGGCCCAUCCAUCAACGCCUAUGAGAAAGGUGCUUUUCAGCAAUAUGUGCAGGAUGCACUCCAACAAUCCUCCCUCGAGCUCGAUACCAGCACCAAUGAUACAAGCGAAAAAUCCACGGCUCGGCUACAGACCUGGACCAAAAGUGUUAAUGCACUAUCCUGGGGCGAUUUCGACAGUCCGUCUGACAAAUUCCCUGUGAUAGGAAAAAUAGCGCAGAUCAUGAGCAACUAUUCAAUGGGAGACUAUCUGGCCGGGAUCUGGAGCAACCACAUCAUAUCUGGACUCACCUGGGGCCGAAUGUUUUCUCUUCUGACUCCGGUGCCAGAAUACGUAGCUCCGACCUGGAGCUGGGCCAGUGUGAAUGGUCCCGUGGCCAUAGACAAUGUUCAGCCAGGUAGUGCUAUGGAAUCUUUGUGGAUUCAAAAGUACAACCCAGUUCUCGUCUCGCACCACAUUCUACUCAGCGACCCUUCGAACCCCUAUGGUCGUGUCUUAGAAGGGUCGCAUAUUGUUCUCGAUGCGGCCUGUAUUGGCUUCAAAAAGCUAACAGAUGGUGUCAUGGGGCAGGAGGGGGCAUUUCAAGUAAGACCAAUUCUGGAUAGCUCGUUGAUGUUUGAUUGCGGCUGCUGCAGACCCAGACCCACAGAGGUCCAAGAGUCGGACUCAAGCAAAUUCAACAAAGAGAUUGAGCAUCAUUUCUGCGUUAUCCUCAAGGUUAGUGACUGGAGUACGGAGAGUGAAGGAGGCGGCUCGUGUAUGUGUCUCAUAGUGAAAGCUUCCGAGAAGGGCGAUUCUUUCACUAGGGUUGGAGUCUUGACGGUCGGACCCAAUUUUUUGGGUAAGCCAGUGAAUCCUAAUGGCACCUUCGAUGCAUUGGGCUGGGAAAGACGUAGGAUGAAGUUGAUCUGA